UAAAAGUAGAACAUACCCAACCGUUGAUGUUUUAAUUAACAUUUACAUGCACUAGUAUUAUUUGGGCAAUUGUAGUUUCCGUUAGUUCCGGACGAUUCCGUACUAACCAUAACAAACAAACUUCUUGUUUUUCUCAGAUUUUCGGGUUGCUCUUGUUCUUUGACUCUUUAGUUUUAUGAGAAUUGUUGUGUGGUGAGGUGUACGGUAACUUAUUAUUCUCUUAAAACAAACAAUAUCCACCUGAAUGUAAUAAAAACUUGCAAUAUCUGUUUUUUACGUUAAUAAUUGUUAUUCAAGUCAUUAAACUGUGUUAAUGCGCUAUUUAUGUCACAGGAUUUUUUAAAAAGUGUUAUGUUUCUUUUAUAUCAAAGGGUGCUGCCAAAGGAUUAGUAUUGAAACUCUAACUUUGCCCUCCGCCAUUUUGAUUUAAAAACCAAAAUGACACGAUCCCGAUAGAUGCCAAUCGAUAACCGACAUUUAAUUUUGCAUUCUCGCAGUAAUGGCGCGUCAAAAACUCAAAUAUACCAUGACAGAUACGAGCAGAACCUCAACGAAUAUCGUUAGUUUAUUUUUGACGUUGUCCGUGUUAUUUUUGGCGAUCGGUGUAUCGAAUGGUAGCGGAGGAUUUUCGAAUAGCUUGGACAAAAUCAAAAACAACAUGAAAGUAGUUUUGGACGAUCUCAAAAGAGUUCUACCGACUUAUACUGAUUACGUCGAUACUCAAAAAUAUUCUUCCGGUCGGGUUACGUUUCAGACGAAAGGAAUGGCGGGAUUGUACAACGUCACCAGGCAGUUCAUCAAUUUGAUUUUACCUGCAGACGUUUUGAUGCAAGAUUUGUUGGUAUGGAAACAAUACAAUACUUAUUACUACCCUUAUUUGAACGAAGGGGUUACCAUCGGGGAUAUACUUAAGUAUUAUUGGCCAUUACUUCUGGUUCUACUGAUAUUGGUACUAAUCACUCUACUGGUACCAAUUGUUGGUUUAUUCUUCUGUUGUUGUCGGUGUUGCGGAAACUGCGGCGCCAGGACACAACCCUGUGAUAAAAGAAGAGAUCUGUGCAAAAAAGUUCUACAAGGAGCUCUAUUGAUAGCUUUGGGGACGGCCCUCCUGUUUUGUGUGGUUUGUGCUUUCGCGAGUAAUCAACAAAUUCAAGAUGGUACCAACGAGCUUCCAACUAGUCUUAGGAAUGCGUAUAACGACUCAAUUUCCUAUCUUGACAGUGCUAAAGGUCAAGCCAAGGUUCUACUGACUGAUAAUUAUGAUGAAUUUGCCAAAAUUUUUAAAGAUACCGUUGAAAAAUCUGGCAUACACGUGAUGCAACAAUUGAAUAUAUGGAGCAAUGCUACCGCUAUGAUGGAUCUGUACAAUUUCGUUGAAGCUAUACCUAAAAUAACUGAGCAAUUGGGUGAAUUAAAACGGUAUACGAAUAAUCUCAGAACUAUGGCGUCGCAAUUGAAUGACGCAAUGAGGAAAGUAAAGCGUGAUUUACUCAACGCGUUAAACAGUUGCAACUUGGAAUCGUGCGUUAAAAUUCAAAAAGAAAUUUCGAAUCUUCAAACCAAUAUCGAUUUCAACAGGCUUCCCGAUGUAACACCGGCCAUUGAUUUAUUGGGAAAAUUGAAUUUAAAUCUUCUCAAAACAGCUGCCGAAGAAGGAAAAAACAAAUUAGAUAAUAUAGAAAGGCAUAUCACUAGUAGUUUAAACGAUACAUUGAAACAAGCUUUAAAAAAAGUUGAGGAUGCAGGUAAAACUAUACAGACACAUUUGAACAACAUCCUGCAAACAAUCUCGGAUAUACAGAAGCAAAUGAGAAGUUUUGACGGUAAUUUGGAAGAAGGGUAUAAAUAUUUGCAUACUUAUUCACCUUAUCGAUACUACGGAGGUUUGGCGAUCAGCUGCGUCUUACUUAUAAUCACCAUCUGCAUAGCACUAGGUCUGAUUUGCGGUAUAUGCGGUAAACGACCUGACGGAUACAGCGAUAACUGUUGCAACAAAGGCGCAGGUAGUCAGUUUCUGAUGUGCGCCGUGAUGUUGAUGUUCAUAUCUACCCUGAUCAUUGGAAUCGUAACUAUAGGAGCUUUGAUCUCGGGCGCGGUUACCGACAGAGGAAUCUGUUAUCCAUUGAAGCAUCCUCAAAAAUCGUCCGUAUUAGAUGUCGUCGAUUCGUAUUUAACAAGGAACGUUAAAUAUGGUGAUGCCGAAUUGGGCAUUAGUAUAAGCGAAGUACUAAAUCUGUGCUACAAAAAUGAGAGCAUGUAUAAGGUGUUUAAUUUGGAAAAAAGAUUCAAUAUAGAUGAUGUAGUUAAGAAAUUUAACGUCGAAUCGAUAUUGGACGGUAUUAAAAAUCAAUUGGAUAGAAUCGUCGAUCCGCAUUUUACCAUUUUGAAUAAUACUAAUUUGAAUAUACUGAAAAAUUUGUCCAGCUUCGAUCCCGGUAUUAAUUUCGAUCGUUUCCAAGAUGAGCUGAAAGAGAACUUCACGAACAUGAGUCUAAAGAAACUCUCAGAAGUGCUGCAGAAACUUGUUAAACAAAUGGACGGUCAGAACAUGCAAACUUUACAAACUGAAUUGAAUUUGAUUAUACUUCAUAUAAACACUUACGAUGAAAAAAUUCUUGAGCCAAUGAGGACCGAAGCCAGGGAAGUGAUGGAUUUGGCCAUGCACUUGGAUUCGAGUUUAAAAAUGAAUUCUACAAGUUUUAAAGAAGCUAUAGAUAAAUUGAUACAUGAAAUCGAAGACGCUCAGAAGAAGUUGAGAGUGGAUGGAUCAAAAAUGUUGAUGGAUGCUGCUACGUCUUUUGGUAGUAUAGUAAAAGAUCAAGUCCAGAGUUACAUCGACAGAGUGAUUAUCGUAACAAAAACAAAACUUGGCGAAUGUGGACCGUUAAAUGUAGCCAUAAAUUCCACUCUAGUUUCUACUUGUGAUAAAAUUUUACAACCUUGGAAUGGAUUUUGGGUAUCAUUGCUUGCCAGUUUAUUGCUUUUUAUACCAACAAUCGUUGUAUCUGUCAAAUUGGCGUCUUUGUACCAGAAGUAUAAACAGUACGGACAAUACGUGGAAACCGAAUAUUUGUAUGAUGCCUACGCUGAUCGUGGGGACAGUGUUCCCUUGAACAGUAGAGGUGGAAAACGGGGCAAGAAGAAGAAGAAGGGAAAGAAAAUCGAAGAUAGACACCAGAUGGGCGAAGUGGUUACUAGAGAAUUCGCAGCGGGGUCCCAACCUCCGGAUUCUAGAUACGCUGAUAUGGCACCGAAACAUUGGGAAGAAUUUCCAAACGGAGGACCUCCGCAAUAUCAAAGAGCCCCCACAGAAUAUGAAAGACCACCUCCGUAUUACUAUCCCGGAUCUGGUGACCAGUAGGUGUAUAAAAGAUUGUCCUAGUUGAUGGGUGAGACUGAAGAUAUCGUAGACUGAUUUGGAAUCAAACCAUCACAACAACAAGAAGUUUUCAUUAGUUUAUUUUAAUUUUUAAACAUAUUUUCUGUAUUAUGUAUAACAUCAUGGUAGUUACGGAUGAUGUAAAAUGGGUUUUUCGUGUAAAAAGUUGUGUAUAUAUGAGUAUGUAGUUAUAUACUGUAUUGGCACUACUGGUUUUAAAGUCAUAAGCUCAAUUUUAAUGUAUAGAGUAUAAAAAGCAUUUACCAGAACAAAUCAAAUUUAAAUAUAAAUGGAAAAUUAGUUAUUGUGAUAUUUUUAUAUUUCGGAUGUUUACGAAUAGAUUUAUUCUAUAAUUUUUAUUUUUACGCCAUAAAAAUACUCGAAUUAAUUAAUUAUUAUUUUCAAAACGUUAUGGGGUUAUCUAUUGAUUAGUUUACUCAAAAUUUGAUCUCCGAUAUAGUAUUGGCUAGUCGAUUGAACAAAUUUUUUAUUCGUGCAAUGAUAUUGGACUUUUUCACAGCAGUUUUCUAGAAAAUGAGUGAAAUGAUUUAGAUUUAGAGCCCUAAACGGAUCUAUAAACUUAAAUAGAUGUCUAGUUGGAAAAAUUGACUGCUCACUCUUAUUAAAACUUAUAUCGAUGAAAAGUUUCGAUCCAAAAUGACAAUUUUUGGGUAUUUUACCUCCUGGUCACUUUCGAUUUGAUAAAUAUAAGAGAUUUUCCCUAAUGCUCAUUCGUUUGGAUAGAAAUUAUUAGAAAAUAUUUGGAUAUUUACUGUUUUCCAAUAAUUGUUUUCUUAUUAGUCAAAAAAAAAAAAAAAAAUUGAAAUUAGUUCGAUUAAUUUCUAAUUGAUGUUGAAUAAAUUUCUAAUUGAGUUAGUUGAAAUAACGGAAGUGUGAUUGUUUUCUUUUAUUAUUUUUGUAAAUACAUUCGAAAAAAAAAAUAAUUUUAUCUACGAGGGAUGAUCAGUAAAUGAAUUAACAAUAGAACACGAUGAAAAUCACAUCCUUGUAUAUUGAGCCAGGUCUCAAGGGAUGUGUUUUAUAAGCACUACUUAAACAUUAGGAAUAGGAACAUUAGGUACUAAAUUUGAGCUAAAUAGAGGUCUCUUCAGAUUUUCCGGCAAGAAAAUUACCAUUCCUUUAGCUCUAAUAUAGUCCCAUAGGGCAACGACAUCCUAUAACACCAUACGAAUAUCAGAAUAUGAUCACCAAAACAUCAUUAACAGAAGAUAAAACCUUAAAUUUCUCAUUUGUUGGUGAUUCAGGUGAUUUUACUCCACAAUCCCACCAUAAAUUCUCAUAAUUUCAUUGUAAAUAUCAAAUAGGGACACGAAUUAUGGUUUUCACUUCUACAAAAGUCGAUUUUCCUAAUUUCCUUGACUUUCAAUUGCCCAGUACCAUCUGGUUAGUUUAUUUACCUACCCUUACACCAGUUGUAUGACCAAAAUCCGUCCCCAGUUAGAAGAAAAAAAACUUCACCAUAAAAUGUAGUUCUCCGAAUGUUGAGGUUUGUAAAAUUUGUUUCUGAUCAUCCCUCGUACUAUAUGGUGUUUUAAAGCAAACUUUUUUGCUCAAAUUUGAAUGAUUAUGAUCCCAUUGAUUGAUUUUUGAAGGAUCAUAAUUGUUAUAUAAUAGGAAUAAAAAUUUUUGAAACGAUUGAUACCUACCAUAUAGUAGAAAAUUAUCUAAUUAAUUGAUUAAUAUUUUAUAUUGGGCACAAAGUAAGGUAUCACUCGAUGUAUUCUAAUUAAAAAUAUCUUAUUCCAAUUUAUAGGCGUAAAGUUUAUGUGUUCAACUUAUAAUUUGUGCUCAAUUUUCGUAUUAUGAAUUGAAGCCAAAUUUCUGCCAUAUAUUCUACCGUAUUUUAAAGUAUUUAUUACUUCUAAUGUUAAACCAUAAUUAAUUCCAAUGUUUAUAAUAAAAAUUCAAAUUCUAAAAA